UAAGCUGUGGAUGUAAGAGGGCUUGCCGUGGACUAUGUAAAUGUACUAAAGCAAACCUCCCUUGCACUGCGCUAUGUUCUUGUGCAGGAAGUUGUUACCAAGAAUAGAAUGACCUUCAAAUCGGUAAGUUCUAUGAUCCAGUCUAUAGAGAAAUUAUCCUAAUGGAAUAAAAUAAUUAAGGAUGUCAUUUUACUGCCAACUCUGCAAUAAUAAUUUAGCUCGUACAAAGUUUUAUAAGGGUUUCACUUUUUUUCAGACCUUGGGAACCCUGUGGUUUUUCGUACAAACCUUAUAUGGGAAUUUGUAGGACUGUAUAUUGUUGAACAAGGCAAGAUCCGAGAUGGGUCUUGCUUUUAUUUCAUUCCACGCGCCAAAAGGAGUAGGCAGGCCAAUUUUCGUACUUGUAUCCUAUUUUGAACAAUUCUACCCCUUAUCUUCCGGACUAUACUGAGAAGCGUUUCAAAGAGAAGUAUUGACAGUAAACAGCGCUACUUGACGAGAUUAUAUCCUUCAUCGGUGAACGAGUCCCCUCGGAGACUGAUAAAAUUGAUGCUUUCAGUAGGGGCCACGGAGUCUGCAGCAAUAUUUGAGCAGUCUCCUGGGUUUUUUGUACAAUUUGACAAGUUUAAUGUCACUUUCUCGGGAUAGUUUCGGCCGCGGUAUAAACAUUUUGGUCUCUUUGAUAGAGAAAUUUAAAGGAUGAAAUUAACGCACUAGUGUAGUUUGGAGACAACAGAUGACAUUUCUUGAACCAAGUUAAGCGUAAUUCCAAAAGACACGCAGUCACAGUAGCAUUCUUGUAUCGCACUAACGAUGCUAGAACGCAUGCGUAAGACUUAUUAGGGUUCUACCACAAGGGAAAGCGUUCAAUGUAUCUUCCACAAGAUGUGUAGUUGACACUAACGCUUAUUAAUCGGCGCAUGCGUUUAGAGCAAAUAUUGGUUUUGUUCUAAAGACAAAAGUACCAAAGGAGAGCAAAGGGUUUUCUGGAACAAAUAUAUAGCUUUUUGCAUUGAUCAAAGAAGUAACGUGGUUACAUAUACACACUUACGCCGUAAGCCGGAAAUAGCAUGAAAGCGAGGCCUAAGGGCCCUCCAGAUAUUUCCCGCGAACUUUGAAAGAGUAAACAUAGAGGUAGAAACCUCUUCGAUUCGCAAUUUAGAUUCGCAAUUUGGGCCUCUUACAAGACAGAUCGUAAAUACAAGAUUAAUUAACAGUGCAAGAAGGCAGUACGUGUACUGAUAAAAUUAAAUCAGCAUCCUGCGAUCGUCAGUGCCCAGCAUCCAAAAGCGAAUGCUGCUGUCAUGUAGUGGCAGUUAUUUGAAAACUGGUAGACAUGACAAGAAAGGGAGAGUUGAAAGAGUGUGACAAUCGAACAUGUACGUCAAAACCGCAACAAUGGGGCAAAGGAGGAAAAAGAGAAGUUAACUGUUCACCGGUAAUGACUACAAGUAUUGUAAAACCAAGGCAUGCAUCUGAUGGGCCAGGUAAAAGGAAAAGGGGGAUACACAGUCAAUUCUAUGAUCCUAGACCGGUGAAGUCAAGAAAAAUUGACCCUGACUCCAUAGUUAAAUUAAAGGAAAAUCUUCAAGAGAUCAAUCCAAAACUUCCAUUUGCUUUGAUGAUGCCAGAAGACAGAAAUAUUCCUACUGUAAACACCUUGAUUGGGCCAGUGGCAAGAGGAUCAGUGCUCUACAAACAGCUUCAAGGAUUUCAAAUGGGUAGCACAAACCCUGUCACCUCCUGUGAUCCAAUUUCUUACCAGUCACCCAAUCCAGCAAUGAAUGGAAGUGGUAAUGAAAGUGGGCAUGUUCCUACCCAAACAAAUUCAAAUGCUACUGAUAGUCAUUUUACCAACCACUCAGAAAAUUCUACUGACAGUCAGCUCAGGCAUACACCCAUUGAACCCGAGUGUCUCAACAACAGUUCCUCCAGCCACGGUUUUACUAAUUUUCCUCUCCUACCCAACAAAUGUUGCGAGGAAACUGUUGACUUGAAUAUAUUUUCUAAUGCUCCAACCAUCUCGAAUAAGGUUCAAGUAUCCCUUCAAGCAGUACAGGAGCUUUACGCCAAGACAACUGGUCAAGCAAAUAACAAUGUAUGGUAUGAAGAGAGAAAACACCGCAUCACAGCGUCAAAGUUUGGCNAUGAAAGUGGGCAUGUUCCUACCCAAACAAAUUCAAAUGUUACUGAUGGUCAUUUUACCAACCACUCAGAAAAUUCUACUGACAGUCAGCUCAGGCAUAGACGCAUUGAACCCGACUGUCUCAACAACAGUUCCCCCAGCCAAGGUUUUACUAAUUUUCCUCUACCACCCAACAGAUUUUGUGAGGAAACUGUUGAAUUGAAUCUAUUUUCUAAUGCUCCAAACAUCUUGAAUAAGGUUCAAGUAUCCCUUCAAGCAGCACAGGAGCUUUACGCCAAGACAACUGGUCAAGCAAAUAACAAUGUAUGGUAUGAAGAGAGAAAACACCGCAUCACAGCGUCAAAGUUUGGCAAAAUUUUGAAAAGAAAGAGUCAGCCAACACCUGAAUUUAUCUGA